GUGAGAGUUUUGGCCCGCAGGGUGCUAAGGCCACAGAUGCAUCCUUCUCCUUUCAAGACCUUCUGGAGAACAGCAUUUAUUACUUCCAGAGCGUCCACGAAAGCAUCGAGCCAACAAAUGAUGUUUUCAGCUUUUACGUGAGCAAUGGCUUCAGCCAGUCCGAGGUGCACAGCAUUAACAUCACCAUUCAGCGGCAGAAUGAUGAGCCCCCCGAGAUGAUGCUGGAGCCCGUCAGAGUGCAGGAGGGCUCAGGCGUGGUGGUUACCAACGCCUCCCUCAACCUGCGGGACUUGGACACCCGGGCCAGUGAGCUUGUCAUUGUGGUUACCAAAACCCCUGAGCAUG